AAAUGUCUGCAGAAAGGGGAGCGUUGCAGUUUUCAGAAUGGGACACCGGCAAGAGAAGACUGAGAUAUUUGUAUAUCCGCUCACCGUGUGCCUUUACAUUGUGCCACGCGCAGCAAGCAGAGGAGAACUUGAUUCCAAUGUUUCUUGGUGCUGACGUUGUUGCGCAGACAGGCAUUCGGACAGAAAAUCACCCCAAGCUCCAUGCGAAGUUUGCAAAGAAAGGCUUGGCAGCAAAGCUUACUUUCAGCCCUGAUUUCAAGUUUGAGAAGUUAAGACUACCUUCUGGCGUGAACACUCUGUGGUUUUAUAGCAUUCAGGGAGUAUUUAGAGUGGCUUUUGACCUAUACAGCAGAGAUGACCAGCUGGCAGUCAUCGAAAGCCUACAGGAGCUCUGGAGGUCUCGGCUCAAAGACAGUCCUCUGAAGAAAUGCUACAACUUAAAGGAGCGCCUCGAAAAUACAGAUCAUGUAGCUCAGAUCUGUAGCCAUGCAGACCAACCUAGGGCCCAAGAGCAGCUGGUGACCUGGUCUUCUGAUUUUAUACACAAAGGACCAAAUGUUCUUCAUAGCAUUCCAGCAUUUGGAACUGUAACAGAACAUAAUUACUGUAAGUCGAAUACAAGUCACCCUCCGGAAGCCACAUCCAGUGAUGUGAUCGUCCGAGGAGCUAGAAAUGUGUUGGACAUGUGUACAGAUACGGUUAUCCAAUUGAGCGAACAGUCAAAAACCGCUGUUCUGAUGCUGUUUGAUGUCAUUUGUCAGAUGCUAAAGGGACAACAGUAUAUGGAUAAAAUGAUCGUGAGCAUAGUGCAGCUUCUAGAUGCUGCAAGUUAUAUGUUUGACAAAAACAGCUCACAGAAGGAAAUACCCUCUGUUUACGAUAACAAGUUAUUACUUGAGGUCAGCAGCUGGCUGGGCAAUCGAUUUCAGAGUGAGUAUGAGUGUAUAAGCCAGCAGGUGGAAGAGUUCAAACGGAAACAUAUAGAUCGAAUCUCUGACCUUCCUCCUGCAGAGGAACUGGUCUCUGCAUUGUUCCCAAAGGCCAUGAAAAUUCUAUUACUCAACUGGAUGGGGCUAUCUGACGAGGCUUUUGUAUCAAAACUCCAGAGCGAAUACCCAAUCCUACUUCUCAUCUUAGAAUUUGCAAAUCGCAAUCUGAUUACAGGAGUAGCUCACGUUUUAUAUUCAACCCUUAUAUGUAAAUAAUGUAUGUGCACCCAAAAUCAUAUGCUCUCAGAUUUGGUAUUCAGGCAUCCCUAACUAUCUGGGUUUUUUAGAUCUCCUUGCUUGUGUGAGGAGAUCAUGAAACCACCAAAGUGAUAUCGCUUAGUAUAUUAUAUUAUAUUUUUAUCUGCUUAGAAAGAAUAUAAUGUUUAUAAUAUUUACCUGUUUUCAAAAUGAAUUGUAAAUAAAUGGUUUGAUUAUAUAUAA